AUGGAAGACCACCUCGAGACCGCAACGGAGACUGCUCAGAGCAGUACCGACGAUGCAGCGAAGACAAACAUGGGCGAAGUGCCAAAAGUGGAGCGAAACAGAGCAGGAAAGAAAGCUGCGGAGGAACAUGAGGAGGGCAGCGACGACGACGCAGCACGGCCGCCGGUGACGACGCUCGCGUACAAGAUGCCGCUGGAGGUGUUCCGAGCGGCCAAGGAGGCAGAGCCGGACAGCACGGAGUCGUUCUGGUCGUAUGCAAUGUAUCGGCACAUAGAGAGCGGACUGCCGGUCAAGGUGCACUACUGCAAGAGCCUACACACGACGGAGCGGGUGUGCCGGGAGUACUUUGAGGGUGAACCUCUGCUGGGCUUCGACCUGGAGUGGAUGAUGAACGCGAUGCGGUGGCAUGGCCCACGACGGAACGUGUGCCUGGUGCAGCUGGCCAGCCCCAGCCGGAUCGGACUGUUCCACCUAUCGCUGUACCCGGUGCGUGAGAGGGGGGGCGAAUUUCUGGAUAACGACAUAAACAGCCUGGUGGCGCCGACGCUGCGGCGGAUCCUCGAGGACGCGAAGACGAUCAAGACGGGCGUGUGCAUCAAGGGCGAUGCGACGCGAUUGCGCAACCACCUGAAUAUUGACACGCGCGGGAUGAUUGAGCUGAGCCACUUGCACAAGCUGGUGCGGUACUCGCGAACGGGUGACGUGCAGCUGGUCAACAGGAGGCUGGUGCCGCUGGCAGUGCAGGUACAGGAGCAUCUGCGACUACCCAUGUUCAAGGGCGCGGAUGUGCGAUCGGGUGACUGGUCCAAGCCGCUGAACACGGAGCAGAUAAUCUAUUCGGCUUCGGACGCGUAUGCGGCCGUGCAGAUUUUCUCGGUGCUUGAGAGGGAGCGGCUGAAGCUGCGGCCGACACCACCGCGACCAGCCUUUGCUGAGCUGGACCUGCCGAUCCGACUGGCCGAUGGGGUGACUUCCAUCCGGCCAGGCGGCAGGGAAGAUGGUGUCGAUGCAAUUGUGCAGCGGCAGUCCAGUGCUGCUACGCCGCGGCGAGCAAAGACGGCUUUGUCGACGCCGACGUCGACACCGAGGAAACAGCGUCGGACCCCUGCACCGAAAACGUCACGACCAAGAGACGCCCGGAUCGAUGCGGCAGACGAGUGGCUGGCGCAGUAUCGAUCGCGUGCAGAGGAGGACGCGAAGUUGCGGACGCGGCCGUCGUCGCUGCGCGCAUACCACCUUUGGCAUAGAGACGAGACGCUCGACCCGGUGGCCGUGGCCAGUCUCCUGCGUGAGCCUCCGCUGCUGACGGCGACGGUGGUGAGUUAUAUCCUGGAUGCGGUGCGGCAUGAGGACCUGCCGUACGACCGGGCGCGGCUGCGGGAGGAGCUGCUGGGGCAGCUGCCGGUCGGCGUGGUGAUGCUGCGGUACCGCCAGCUGGCCAAGACGUGUGGUUUUGGCUAUUUCCACGGCAAGGGAAAGAGUGCUGAUGUCAGCAGCGGCACGACGACUUCGCUCUCGGCUUCUACUGCUACGAUUGCUGCUGCUGCAAGAGCCACCGACCAGACAUCCGGGGUCUAA